CUACCAAGAGAAGUUUUUAUAGGGGCUCUUACUUAUCGCACCUGCCACGCCCUCAAGCUUAGCAUGAGUGAAAGUGUCAAAGUGAUUGUUCGUUGUAGACCCCUGAAUGAAAAAGAACGAGAAAUGAACACGAGACUUGUGAUAGAAACUAACUCCUUAUUGCAUCAGUGCAGCAUCCAAAGGUCUGGAGAUGAUACCAAAUCAGCCAAGAACUUUACAUUUGAUGGAGUUUACGGCAUUUCAAGUAGCACAGAGGUGAUUUAUUCUGAAAUUGUACGUCCAAUUGUUAACGGCGUCGUUGAAGGAUACAAUGGUACUGUGUUUGCAUACGGGCAGACAUCGUGCGGGAAGACAUUUACAAUGGACGGUAUUCAAACCCCUUCGGCACAAAAGGGAAUCAUCCCUCGAUGUUGUGAACACAUUUUGAGCAGUACACGCCAGCGCAGUCUGGAAAAACAUAAUAAUUAUCUACUUCGCGUGUCAUACCUGGAAAUAUACAAUGAAGAAAUCCGAGAUCUGCUAGUCAAGGAGUAUAAGUACAAGCCUGAAAUUAAGGAACGCCCAGACAAAGGAAUUUACGUCAAGGGUUUAUCAAGCAUAACUGUUGAUAGCUACGAGGAUAUAAGGGAGAUCUUAAAAUCAGGGCGUAAGAAUCGGUCAGUAGGUUCAACUUUCAUGAAUGCUGAUUCAUCUCGGUCUCAUUCGAUCUUUACCAUCGACCUCGAGGCCUGCCUUUGUUCUGGUCCAGGCAAAAAGGAGGUCUAUCGCACAGGCAAGCUCAACCUGGUAGAUCUGGCUGGAAGUGAGCGUCAGAGUAAAACUGGUUGUACUGGCGAACGGUUUAAAGAAUCGACGAAAAUCAAUUUGUCAUUAUCGGUUCUCGGGAAUGUCAUAUCGUCCUUGGUCGACUGCAGAUGUACACAUAUUCCUUAUCGUGACUCAAAACUAACGAGGCUUCUGCAAGACUCGUUAGGUGGAAACUCAAAGACUUUGAUGAUUGCCUGCAUAAGUCCUGGGGAGAAUAAUUAUGAAGAGACCUUGAGCACUCUGAGAUAUGCUGCCCGUGCAAAUAGUAUUAAGAACAAGCCAAAGAUAAAUGAGGACCCAAAAGAUACGAUUUUAAAGAAGUAUCAUGAGGAGAUACUACAGCUGAAAAGGAUCAUUGCGAAGGAAAUUCCUGUCCCCAGCCAGUUGGUUGCUGAGUUGAGAGGUAAGCCUAUCAAGAUCAGCAGUUUGAUGAUAGAUAGCUUGAGAAUCUUUCCCAGCAGUUUUUGCCAUAAGCUGAACUGUCUCAUGGCAAUUAUCAAAAAUAACUUCUUGAAGGGAGCCAAAACAAUAUACUUGUUAAACGUUUUUCUCUCGUUGUUCUGGUCACUCUAUAUGAACAGGAAAAAGUUUUCAGCUCAAGGGGAAAAAAACUGUCAUGAAAAACUUUCUUUAUUUUAUCUUAUUUUAAAUCAAAAAUGAAAUUGAUUUAAAAUCGUUUGGGACAUUUCGUUAUUUUAUCUUAUUUUUAAAAAACUAAUUUAUUUUUAUUUAUUCCUUUUUUUUCUUUUCAAUUCGUACGUGGUUCUAAAAUAUAGAAAUAUUAAAAGAUAGCAAAACUUGAGCUCAGUAGUGAACAAGUGAAUGAUUUUGCCCAUCAUAUAAAGCACUGGGUUCUGUGGACAGCCCGCACACCUGGUACGUGUUUGGCCGGAAUGUCAUGGGCCCAUUUCUGUCAAGAGUUUUUUGCUUGUCGCAACACUCGCAAAAUAAGGAUUAUUUCACUUUUCUUACCACAACAGUUUCCUAAUAAGGUCUUUGUGACUAAGGAGCAAAAAGUCCCAUGCGUCUUUGCAGAUCUAAUAAGAACGAAUUUGUUCUGAGCUCUGCACGGAGCCAUGAUCAACAACAUUUGUUCUGUACUUAGAAUUUUUAUAGAGCUCUCAACUAGAUCGUCUGGAAUGCAGGUAUCGAGGUGUUUCAAAUUUUUAUAGUAUUAAUUCAUUAGUUUAUAUUAUUUUACAGAAAUCAGAGAAGAAUCAAACGGCGCAUCGCUAAACUACGGUCGUUCUUUGACGAAGACGUGCGAGAAGGAAGAAACAAUUCAAACUUAUUUUUCAAGAGAGAUAAGUGUGAAGGGAAUUGAGACGCGUCACAUCGACUCUCAAAAACUUCACGUAAAAGCCUGCAAAGAGAAAGCUUCUCUGAAGAGAGAACUUGACGAUAUCCGGGCGCAGCUUAAAAUGGAGCAGAGAAAACUUGAGUUUGAAGAAAGGAAAAAUAAACUUGAGGAGCAUAAAACCGCUUUAAUGUUGCUAAGAGGGCGGAGGACAGUGGAUGGAGGUUGCAUGUUAGGCACGCGUAAAGAGGCUGACAACGAUCAUCAACGCUCAUCAGAAUUACGACAAGCUACGUAUUCUGGAGAUUUAUCAACACAAGUGACAUCAACAGAAAUGAAACGUUUACCUGGUUAUUCACCCUUGUGGGUAGAAAAACCAUGCUUAGAAUUUGAGAGAGCAGAAAAGGAAGCGACCUCAGUUUCGUCCCCAGCACGGGAAAGUCCCGUCAUGGUUUCGGUGGCAACGUCGACCGAUGAUUUAGAUGAACUGGUAAUUAAGACAGAUGUUGAUUUCAAACAUCAGAAACAUGAACAAGAACGAGAAAUGGAGGAAAACGACUGGAAUAUUCGAGAAAAUAUGUUAUGUCGACAAGAAGCCGAGGGCUGUUCCAGAAGUGUGUCGCCUCACAGUGAGGAAAAGAAGAGCUUUCCAAACGGUCAGAUUGUUUAUUCCAGUUCACUAGAUGAGGAGGUAAGACAAGGGCCGAGCGUUUAACCAACAAUUUAGACAUAUUUAAUUCAUAACGCAUGUCACGGAUUGUUUUUACCCUUAUACUUCAUUGAAAUUCAUCUCAGUAGAAGAUCGAUGAGUGACAUCUUUGUCAUUCUAGCUUAGUACGCAUUGAUGGACGUACUACUUGACUGGUAUAGUAAUUAGGAAAGCAAACGCUGACUGGAUAUAAUGACCCAUUUAUAAUUAUAAUAUAUAGAUUUAGCCUGGGCUAAAAGCGAAGCUCCUACUAACUCGAAUUUAUAAUUUAAAUCAAAUUGUAAACUUGUAUUCCACAAAUCAGUUAACUUUAGAGGACAUUCAUGUGACUUUUGACGGAAAGGCUAAGUAAUUUUAGAAAAAAAUAAUUUGCAAACAGUCCAAGCUAAGAGUGAAAUUAAUCUUACAUCGACUUGAUAGUCUUAUAUGUACACCUAAAAAAUAUAGCAUAGCCAUAAUGGUUCUUGAUCACAGUACAUUAGGAAAACAAAUCAGGCCGAAUUUUUUGCGUUCGAUAAGUUUAUUUCACAAAAUCUUGCCAACAAGUCUGGGGACCUGUAAACCAACCUUUUAUACUUUUUAUACAUCACAUCUGAGGUGAAAUAGUACCAUGAGUCGCUGUUUUUAUCAUACAGACCUCGGACAGAAUGCAGUAUUUCACAAUUUUGCAAUACAAAUUGCACUCAUUCAAUAUUCAGGACGAUCGAAGCACGCGUUAGCGAAACCGUUAAAAAUUUCCAAAAUCACCUAUACGGCGAGCCAGUUCUCACUUUUGACAAGCGCCAAUGUCGACUGUUUAAAUUAAGAUUAACACAGUUAUACGCUUCAACAUAAUGGCUUUAUAACGAUGUGUAAUCUUCAAAAGCGUUUGAUUUGGGCGGCAUUUUGGCUACUCCUGCAAUCUAUGUUCGUGAGCGACUGAAAACAAACGACAUAACAGCGACGAAAAUUGCAAAAGAGACUACUAACAAUCAAUAAAAGAAAAAGCAUUCGAUGAAACAUAUACAGAGGGAACAAUUUUCAUUCACGAAUACAAGUAUUAAAGGGUCUCUGAAAAUCGUUGUUUAUGGUUUAAGCCGGCUUCCAGGUGUUUGCGUUUUUCAAAGAUGAACUCGAGGCAAGAAAAUCGCUCAAAGCUUUCUUUUACAGCCAGAAUUAUAACUAAAUAUUCUUUGGAACGUUUUAUUUCUAUUUGCGGUGAGAAAAUGUCUGAAGGCUUUUUUAUCAAACCUGAUACUCGGUCAGAACAUUGUCUCAAAUCCAACAAACGUACAUAAACUAAAUAGCCCCAUAAACUACACUCGACUUCAUUGAAUUAGAUAUGAAAAACAAACAUCAAAUAAAAUAAUUAGUCAGGCUUACCAUUCGAGAUGCACUGAAAACUGUCAAGUAAGGCCAAAAUCGCUUCAGACUUUUCAACCCUCUUACGCAUCAAGCAAGGUGAAAAACGAAAACGAUGCCAUCCGAAAUCUUUGACAAGCGACGUAUUUCUCAACCAAAAACCCGAUAAACAAACUAGCCAUGAAUAACAGAAGACUCUUGAUAGCAGCUGGAUUUCAUUUUGUACAAUGUUCAGUGGGAAAAGAGAGUUAAAAACAUCACAAGUUGACAAAAAAACUCUGUCAGCUUCAGCUGUCAAAGUAAACAAGUUUCAAGAUGCUUCAUAAAUUUUCCGCAUGAACUCACCAGUCAAAUUUUGACCAAUCAGAACAUAAAAAUUGGACGUAGAGCGUGACCAACGCGUGACCUUGGUGAGAAAAGUCAAAAACAAUUGGCAUGUCUUCCCUGCCUGUAAAAACUGGCUGAAUCUUAGCUUGCGAGCUCAGUUUGAAAUCAAAAUUUUAAUUGUGCGACACAUAUAAAACACAACGUAUUUCAUAUGAAUUGAAAAAAUUAAACUUGAGCCUGCAACCAUUUGAAAACUAGUAACUUGUCAGCGAAUAACUUCAAAAAAUACUCGACCUCGAUGGGUCUACACCUGAGCCCGCGAUACGGUCAGGUGAUACUGGUCUGCGGGACCCUGUUUUGACAACUGUCAAUUGAUCACAACAUUGAUGUGCAAUAUGUGUGCAAUAUCAGUCUUCCUGUGCUCCCAAGCUAGCUAGAAAGUGUGGGAUUGAACAUUGGUUUCCCUGUGGUGCGCACGGACGGGCAGCGGGCGGGCUGGCGGUGUACGGUCACGUGAUUACCAAAUUUCCUGGGAUGGGUAGAUUUACUUACCCAUGGUGCUCCGCAGGCGCGCUUCGCGCGCCAGAGCUCCGCUAUCAUUUUUGUCAGGUCAUAUGAUAAUACUCUAGAGAAUUGUUUCUUUCAAUUCACUUUCUAAUUCACGUGCAUAUGUACGCAUGAUUCCUGAAAACACAGAGGGUCAGUUUUCCCUGGGACUCUGAAUAUUGGGAAAUCAAAACAUACAAGCUAAAGAGGUGUAUUACGCUCUGACGUAACGACUGUCAGGGAGUAGGCUGUAAUACAAUUUCUUAAGGUACAAUUUAGAGGCACCAUUUGGCUACGGUAGCCCACGAAUUCAAUUAUCGCGAUACCUUUUUGUGGGGAAACUUUACACUAUUUGAAGGCAAAUUAUCCAAAAAUAAAUAGAUAACGAAAUAUCAGAGUCAUUUGCCUUUGCUUUUAUAGUUGAGUGUCAUGAGUGGGCUCUGGGUGGAUCGAGGGCGAUUUCUUAAAGUGUUAACUGCUCACCAUAACACGCCAAGAGAGGAUAAUGCUCUCUUAAACACAUAAACUUGUUGCAAAGUCGAAAAAGACAUCUCGGAGAUCAGGCAAUCUGUGGUUCGAGCUCUUGAAUUGCAGUCUCGAAGAGUGACUCAAAUCAACUAAGUUGUACUACCUGCACUUUACUGAAAGAUGUUAUACAAUCACCCAUUGUCAAAAAAAUCAAGAAUAAUAAGGUGCCACAAGUCAACGGUCAAGUCUCUUCACAACUAGCACCUUGGGGGUAGAGGUGUGUGGCAUUUUAGUGUCCGUCGGGUCGACUUAAUAUAUGGUCUUAAUAUAGGGAACUUAAUCAAUGACGACGGCGACGGCAACGAUAACGGCAAAAAGGCAAUAGGUUUGGAUUAGCUAAACAACAACUUUGCACGUGUAGCACACUUUUUUGUACAUUUCUUUCUAGUCACUGGACUAAUACGACGUAAAACUGCCUAAUUUCAUGUUCUAUGGUGGCCUUGAAAACAAGACAACAACUUUCUUUUGUUUUCCUGAAAUUCGAUAAAGUCCUUUAGAGCUCAGUCGGCUCCAGAAAAAAUUGCCAACAUUUGACAAAUUUAACGAGAUGGAAUAAGCGCGAUAAAGUUUAAAGCAGCGCGAUUCAUCUCUCAAGUGACGUUUUCGUAGUCCUCGCCGUCGUUGUUUCUUAAACUCCCAAAUAUAGGUUGGACCGUAAUUUUGACCAAAACGUCUUACACCACAUGUUAUUUAUCAAUCUUUUUGCUGUCUUUCAGGGUCCAGUGAAUUUUGGUCUUUGCUGUCUCUGUCCUGAAAAGUCCUUUUUCGGCGAGAGAAUUGAAGAGUUCUUAGGGCAUAAGCAGAAACACUCUUAA